AUGGUACAGGAUGAUUCUCGUGACAAGGCUUACAUUUCCUACGAGGACUUGAAAGAUGCAGAAAAAGCUAUACUUACGUUCAUUCAGUGGCAAGAAUUUUCUACGGAAAUAAAUACCCUUAUGUCAAGAAAUUCUAGUGUCAGUCAUGGUAGCAGAAUCCGGAGCCUUGAUCCAUUUUUGGAUGCUGGUCUUUUGCGAGUCGGUGGCCGUUUACACAAGUCAAGUUUUCCAGAGGAGAUGAAACAUCCAGUGAUUUUACCCAAAGAUCAUCAUGUGUCCACUCUAAUUCUUAACCAAAUUCAUCAGGAUUUGUUACAUAGUGGCAGAAAUCAUAUGCUAGCUAAGCUGAGAGAACGUUACUGGCUUAUCCAUGCUCCAUCUGCAAUUCGGAAAGUCAUAUCAAAGUGUGUUACUUGUAGACGACAGAGGUCUAAGGUUGGAGAGCAAAAGAUGGCAAGUUUGCCCAAAGAUCCUAGUCGUGCAGUGCAUUUAGAGAUAGCAGCUUUGUUGGAUACAGAUUCCUACAUAAAUGCACUACGUCGUUUCAUAGCAAGAAGAGGACAAGUAAAGAAAAUACGUUCUGACAACGGAACUAACUUUGUUGGUGCCGAACGUGAACUUAAAAAAUCCAUACAAGAAUGGAACCAAGCACAGAUCCAAUCUGCGAUGUUACAAAAGAACGUAGACUGGCAGUUUAACCCACCAGCUGGAUCACACUACGGGGGAGCCUGGGAGAGGUUAAUUAGAUCUAUUCGUAAAGCCAUGAAUAGUGUACUAAAGGAGCAGACACUUGAUGAUGAAGGACUUCAUACUCUAAUGUGUGAAAUUGAAUAUACAAUCAACGACCGACCAAUAACAAAGAACACGGAUCAACACGGUGACUUGGAGCCACUUACUCCAAAUCAUUUGCUUUUGAUGAAGAGGAAACCUAACCUUCCUCCAGGAGUCUUCGAUAAGACAGAUCUGUACCACAGACGCCGUUGGAGACAGAUACAAUAUAUGGCCAACUUGUUCUGGCAUCGUUGGGUACGCGAGUACUUACCACUCCUCCAGGAACGACAAAAAUGGCAUGAUAUCAAGAGAAACUUUCAAGUCGGUGACAUUGUGUUAGUUGUGGAUUGGAACGCCCCGAGGAACUCUUGGCCGAUGGGAAUGGUGCAUGAGGCAAUUCCCGACAGAAAUGGACUCGUGCGUCAGGUCAAAGUGAAAACUGCGACAAACAUUUUAACGCGACCUGUCGAUAAGCUGUGUAUGAUACUUGAAAUGGACUAA